CCGUCGGGAGCAGCUCGCAGCCUGGACGGUGCUAUGUCCGGGGCCCGCCGCCCGAGCCUUCAACGCGGGCCAGAGACGCAGCUGGGGCACCUGGGCAUGCAAAAGGCCUGGCUCACAUCUCUGCGUGUGUCUGUGCUUCACAGGGGGAUGCUAGAAGGAGCCCGGAAUGCCUUAUGUGGAUCGUCAGAACCGAAUCUGUGGGUUCCUGGAUAUCGAGGAUAAUGAGGCCUGUGGGAAGUUCCUGCGAAGGUAUUUCAUCCUGGAUACCCAGGCCAACAGCCUUCUGUGGUACAUGGAUAAUCCCCAGAACUUGGCUGUAGGGGCAAAAGCAGUUGGAUCUUUGCAGCUGACCUAUAUCUCUAAGGUCAGCGUGGCUCCCCCAAAACAAAAGCCAAAAACACCUUUCUGUUUUGUUAUUAAUGCAUUGUCCCAGCGCUAUGUCUUGCAAGCCAAUGACCAAAAUGAUCUGCAGGAUUGGGUGGAAGCGCUAAAUCGGGCCAGCAAGAUUACGGUACCAAAGGGUGGAAGUUUGCCCUCAAGCACAGAAGUUGUAAAACGCCCGUACAAGACUGAGAUCAUUGGUGGGGUAGUUGUGCAGACCCCAAUAUCAGUCAGCCAGAAUGGAGGCGAUGGCUCCGAAGGCGGCGAGCCAGCAGUUCACCCUCUUUUGAAACGAUCCCACAGUUAUGUCCCCAGUACCAAAACGCCAAUUGGGCCACCCAUCCUCAAGAGCGGCUACUGCGUAAAGCAGGGGAAUGUGAGGAAGAGCUGGAAGCGCCGAUACUUCACCCUGGAUGACUUUUCCAUCAGUUACUUCAAGUGUGAGCAAGAUAAAGAGCCAUUGCGUUCAAUCCUCCUGAAAGAUGUGCUGAAGACUCACGAAUGUCUAGUGAAAUCUGGUGAUCUUCUGAUGCGGGACAAUCUCUUUGAAAUCAUAACAAGCUACAGGACCUUCUAUAUCCAGGCCUAUAGCCCUGCGGACAUGCACAGCUGGAUCAAAGAGAUCACCAGGGCGGUGCAGGCCCUAAAGAGCUGCCCAAGGGAAUUGCCCUUUGUGAGAUCUGGGUCAGUGGACAAGCGCAGAGGCCCCACUUUUUCCAGCUCAGCCAUGCCUUCCAUCGAGAGGCUGAAGCAGCUGGGAGUGGAGGCAAAGGCCACCACCAAAAGCCCCUCGACUUCAUGCUGGCUGCCUUGGAUGCCGGUGCCACAGUCAGAAGGCAAGCAGCAGCCUUCAACAGAGGAGAAGGCCAGUCAACUGAAAGACUCGGAAUUUCCCCCCAGAGCCACGCAGGGGGGCCGUCUUCGGCACAGGUCGGAACCCCAGAACUUUAAAGAGCACCCCUUUCCAUUUGAUCUGGAUGACGAGAGCAUCCGGACCUCAGAUGUGUGACCAUGCACAACAGAACGGUGCUUACAGGUGCACAGACGACGACACUUAAGAUUCCCUGAUCCUCGACACAUCCUGUGAGAGUUAGCUAGCUUGCACUUGCUCAGGAAGCUGAGACUGGAGCAGCCACUGCGACGCCAUGAUCUUAAAGUUGGAAAAAGACAUAAAAUGGGACCACAAGCCGUGAGGCCUUCUCAAGGCCAAGGCACCAAUGAACUUACUAUGCCCAGGGGGUUAGACUCAUCCCCAUUACCAGUCCAUUAAGUCUGCAAAAGAAAUGCAAAAGUGUGAUCCAUCAUUGACCCCCGUUGAACUUGGUAGAAAUUCAUCAAGACUUUCCCUCCCUCCCCUCCAUUAGAUGGAGACCAGGAGCAGGAACCUUGCCUGUUCUCAGUGCAAUGCAGUUUGUUUCACUGGGACUCUUUUCCUUCUAGUUGAAGGGGAGACCACAUUUGCCAAAUUUAGCUAGAAACCAUGGUACUUACAAGUGUGGCCUCUGUAUGUGUGUGUGCGCGGGCAUGUCUCGCCUACUGGAGUCAUCUAGACCUGACUGCAAUGUGCCCAGUUGCACCCCACUGUUUUGAUAGCAGCAUGUUGGUAGUCUGGCUUGCAUGGUUGAUCUGCAGAGGAUUUAAGGGGAGGACUUCUGCUUUUGUGUCAGAAGGUUAGACUAAACGACCUUUAGGGUUCUUCCAAAACUGACUUAAGAAAUAGCAUGGAAUAAUGAUGGGGUUUCAACAAUUUCAGAAAACAUAACACUGCCGCACAAUUAUAGUAGACAUCAGUGAGGCAUGCUUCUGAUAUGGGGAGUCCAUGCACGCCCUUUUUCAGGGCACAAUGGAAUACGGUAGCGUUUUCUGCAGAAAGGAACACAAGCUGCUUUAUCCUGAGUUCAACCUGGGACCUUCUCAUGCAAGGAAGAUGCUCUCCCACUGAGCCAUGGCCCUUCCCACAGUAAAACCAUCAGCAUCAAAUACAGUAGCAUAGAGGGUACUGGCAGGUUUUUAUUCUGGAUUAAUAAUUCUAGAAGGGUGAUUCUCAAACUCUGCUCUGGGGACCUUUGGGGGUCCACAGUCUUAAACUGGCUAAACAUACACGAGGGAUGAGCAACCUGUGACCCUCUCCCCCCAAGAAUUCUGGGAACUGUAGCUUGUUAAGGGUGCUGAGAGUUAUUAGGAGACCGCCUUAACAAAGUGCAGCUGCUAGGAUUCUUUGGGGGAACCCAUGACUGUUAAAGUGAUAUAAGAGUGCCUUAAAUGCAUGGUGUGGUAUGGCUUAUCUGCAUUAAUGAACUUGUUGUCUCUGAAUGGUGAGUACAGGGCACAAGAAAGGUCUUAUGUUUCAUUGUGAAUACUAGCUCCUCUCUCUAAAAAUUGCCUCUUCGCAUAUUUCCAUUGAACAAUAUAGUAAUCUAAAUCAUGUGUGCCAUUCAAAAUAUUCUGCCCUUAAACCUAAGAAAGGGGGGAUUUGUAAUCAUUUCUUUCUAAGUUGUUAGGGGUGCCUGACUAAAACGAACAAACAACCCAGUCUAGCAAGGAACAUUUAGCAAGCAGGAUUUUGCAUGUGGAGCAGAUGUGAUAUAAAUGUGCAUCCAAAUUCAUGUUUUAUCUGGACCCCAUUCAAUUGUCUGGAAACAUCCUUUGAUGUGAUUGGGGAUCUGUGUCCCCAUUUAAGGCAUCUGUUGUGAGUGCAACUAGAUCAGGAUCAGGGCACAAUAUUAAACAUUACAUUCAACUGUGCAAGGACAAACUCUUACAAACUGUGUAAAUGUCUGUGGUAAGAAUAUACUCAGGUAUGCAGCCUUUUUAUAUUGCUAGUAUUUCAGAAACACAAAAUAUGUUUCUUUUUUAAUGGGAUGUAAGAACUUGCAUCAAGACAGAUUGUAUAUGUGUGUGUGUUGAUGUUGUUUUAAUGCCUAGCAUUAACCUGCAACAGCUUCAAGUUGGGAUGUGAAGCAAUAAGAUACAGAGAAUUCAGGAACUCUCAUAACUAGAGCAGUGUCUGUGCCGCAGUAAAAGAAUAAAAUUAAAACUAAAUUAAAACUUGACCAACGUUCUGUGCCAUGAAAAGCUGGAUUGCAGCUGGUAUAAAUUAUACAAAGUGAGCCAUUUGCCUAACUUAUUUUGAAAUUUAUGUACUAUCUGCACGAUGUAUUCUGUUUGUCCUAGACGUGGGAGACAUAUUCAGGCAUUUUGUGGGAUGCUUGAAGGCUGAAUUUAGGGGGGGGGCACAAGCAAGCCCUGCUCCCAGUUUCUCUGCACAUGUCAGCUCUACCUUUGAGGCCUCUCUGAGCCUGCCUGAUAAGGCAGCAUUCCCGAUUGCAGGGAGGCUAGAAGCAUUGGCGCUGGUGGCUCCUUGUCCGGGGGCAGUGGAAUCUGCUCCGGGUUUUAGGUAUUCCUUGAAAGUUCAGGCUAAAACCCAGAGCGGAUUCCACUGACAUGGAGCUACCAGCUGCCACUGCUUGUAUGCCUGUUUGGCUACGCUUAGAAUGUCUCUUCAGACUUUCACAUUCAGCGCCCAACAAUCUGAAGCUGGGUGGAAGAACCUGUGGCCCUUCAGAUGAUGUUGGACUACAGCUUCUGUCAGACCACUCCAAGUUUAGCAAUGGUCAGGGUUGAUGGGAGCUGGGGUCCAGCAACAUCUGGAAGGCCACCAGUUCUUCAUCUCUGGCCUGAAGCUUCCACCAGUUGAGAUGUGGAUCCUGAGGGCAAAGCUAACGUGUGCGACCCCAGUCUCCCCUACCCCCAUUCAUUUUGAAUGUGUGAAGGAGACUAGAGAAAGACAAGGAAUGAGGCAGGGUGUUGCCAACACACUUGGCAGCUGCAUCAGUCAAAAUCGUGCUCUCAUUUUUUUAAAUGAAAGUUGAGUUUCCCAGGAAGCUGAAUUGUGCAUCCUAGUGCCACGUUUGUGCUUUGUCUGUGCACCUGCAGAAUCUCAGCAUGCCUACCACAGCCCUGGCCCGUUUCUGCAUGCAAAGCGUAAUCAAACACUCUAAGCAAAAUUUACUCCCAAGCUAUGGGCCCCUGUCCCCAAAAUAAUGGAUAAAUUAAAUUCACAUUGGAAUCUGGCCUAAGGAUCAGAAUGGGAAAUGCUUUGGGAUUCUGCACCUUAACUUCCUGCUCUUGUGUAAAGAGAGAGAAAGAAGGCUUGCGUAUUGCGUAUUUCUUACAAAUACAUGUAAAAUAGUUGUUAAAAGAGAAUUAUGCUGGAACAAGUGGACCUUGCUGGAAAAUAUGAAAAUCCAUUAGACUGAAUGGGAGUAGUAUUCAACCAGCAGGACAUUUUUAUUUUUCUUUGCUUAUGAAAAUGUACAUUUGACCAGUAUUGUUUUCUUUUUUUAAAGAUAUAUAUCUUUGUUUGCACUAACGUAUAUGAUCGCCAGAGUAUUUUUAACACUGGUUAACUUGUCAAGGUUGCCAAUAAUUGUCUGGAAGUCCUUGUCUGUUUUUAAUGGAUGGAUAACUAGGUGGGUGUUUAACAGGGAAAGCAUUGCCCACCCCUUCUUUCCCUGCUCCAUUUCAGCCUGCCCUACAACUUUGCUAGGGGGAACAUAGCUUGCUGCCUUUUGUUUGGUCUGUCACAUGUAUAUGUAGAUAUGCACCUUGCAACAGGCUUGCGAGUCUGAUGCUUUUCCUGCCCGUAUUGUGUUCCAGACACACGUGCAGUGUGAUCCUGUGCAUUUUUACUCAGAAGCAAAUCCCACUGUGUUCAGUGGAGUAAGGCUUGCAUCCUUAAUUUGAAAUCCUGUUGAUGUCUUUCAGUGGAACUCUCUUAUUAUCAUGUUAAAUGUGCUUAGAUUAGCUUUAAAAGGAUUAGACAAGUUCAUGGUUAAGGCUAUCAGUGGUUACUGGAACUGAUGUUAUGCAUUCCACCUCCACUGUCAGAAGCAGUAUGCCAAUUACCAGUUGCUGGAAACUGCAGGGGGGGAGAGUGCUGUUGCACUCAGGCCCUGCUUGUGGGCUUCCCAUGGGCAUCUGGCUGGCCCCUGUGUGACCAGGAUGCUGGACUAGAUGGGCCACUGGCUUGAUCCAGCAGGGCUCUUCGUAUGUUCUUAGGUUGGAAUGUCAGGGAGAAACCUUGAGCCAGCCUUCUCCAACUGGGUGCCCUCUAGAAAUAUUGGACUUCAACUCCCAUCAGCCCCAGCCAACAUGGCCCAUGGUAAGAGAUGAUGGGAGCUGUGGUUGAAAACAUCUGGAGGGCACCAGGUUGGGGAAGGCUGCCUAAAGCAUAUUACGCUCCAAUCUUCUGUGUGUUUACUUUGAAGUAAGCCCUAACGAGUUCACCGGGGCUCACUCCCGUGUUAAGCUUGCAUAGGAUUGGUAGCCCUAAACUGCAAUCCUAAGCACACUAAGUAAGAAAGCUUCACUGAAGUCAGUACACCCUCCUUCUGAGUAAACCUGCUUAGGAUCAGCAUGUUCCAGUGAGAGGCUGUCAUCUGCCUUUCCUUGCAUCUAUUCAUUUAAUGUGAAGCAAAAACAUUUAGGUUAGAAAUCCCUGCUAGGAUUGCAUUAAUAAGUAAACAAUUUUGUUAAAUGACACCCAUUGCUACCACGCGUGGGUGGCCUGUCUAAGAACCCAACCCAUAAUGUAAUGGCUGUGUAGGGUGACUUCAGGGAUGUGCAGUAGAUAUGCCAAAUAUUACUAAUGCAGUGCUUUGAAAAAGCUCUGAGCCUUUUGCAGCUGUGUAGGGCCAAUCUAACAUUGAGACUAACUAAGCAAUGGUCUGAGGUGUCAAAAUUACAGGGGUGCCUAUCUCAGCUAAGAAUUCUCUUCUAGGCCCCAACUGCACUAUACAUUUGAAGCAAUAUCAUGCCCAUUAAACAACUGUGGCUUCCCCCCCAAAAUCCUGGGAACUGUAGUCUGUUGCUGAAUCACUUAGGCAGCCAGAACCCAGAGGUCUGACCUCCCUGCUUUUCCUUGACUGUCUCUGGUUUCCUGCUUGCUGCAUCUGCAUCAAAAGUCCACUACAGUUCCUGCUUCCCCUGGAUCCUUGGUUAGUUGAAGCUGAGAUCCAAGAAGCCAUUUUCAGGGUUUCUUCCUGUUUGCUGCAUUUGCUGUUUUCCUACCUGACCCAGGAGUUUCAAACACCCGUGCUCUACUUCUUCAGGAUUGCCCACCAGGGCUAGGAAAGAUACAUCUUGCUCCUUUUCUGUCUUCUGGAGGUCCUUACCCUAUAAACCGUAGACUCCACAUCUGUUCCCUCUGCCUGUCUUUUUGUGUGUGACUGUGUUUCAGAAGCCCCUCUUUGGGCCUUCCUGCCCAGCUGCUCACAACUGAGACCUAGUCUGCAAAGUGAGCCAUGAGAGACAGCAGGCUAGUGUGUCUCUGUGCUGAACUCACCCCACCACUCCAUCUCCACUUUUGCUUUCAUAUGUGUGCAUAUUAUUUAUUUAUUUAUUUAUUAUUUGAUCUAUAUCCCGCCCUUCCUCCCAGCAGGAGCCCAGGGUUAGGGUAUUGGGGUUGCCAGGUCAGAAGCAUCCCAAACCCUGAGAUUUCAAGGGUGGGCCCUAGUGAUGUCACAGGGGCAGGCCCAAUUGAUGUCAUUAAGCAUGAUACAUUAAGCAUCAACCACAGUUGCUUGGCACAUACAAUUCAAACAAAAACAUUUCUCUGAUUGGAAAUGAAGAAAUCUUAGCUAAAAGAUGGAGCCUGAGUAGGAAACGUUUAAUCUAGCCUACUUGCUUCUGGCAAGAAGGGUUUAAGUGCCCUCAGACCAGGCCAGUCACCAGAAGGCCAUAGUAGGAAGAAAGGAGCCUAGCGUCGUGGAGGUGUUAGAUGGAAACAGUCAAAGAGUAAAGAUGGAUGCCCCUGAGGGCUCCAAUUCUAAACACACUUACCCCCAUAGGACUUACUUCUGAGUAGAUAUGGUUUGGAUUGUACUGUUGGUAAAGCUUGACUAGGGAUCCUCCACAAAGGUAUCCAUAUCCAAGCAGGGUUAGAAUGCCCUGCCCCUCCCUGACCUGGGGGCUGCAGUUAGUGCAGAAUUCUGUGGCACGAUUGCUGACACAAGUGAGACCCUAUCAGCACAUAAUACCUCUGCACUGAUUGCCGAUUUGCUACCAGGCCGAGUUGAAGAUGUGCUUUCCAUGUUAUGGGUUCCACAUAGUACUUGUUCUACUCUUGUAAAAAAUCAGUCCUUUAGUGCGGCAGCAGCUACCGGUUGGGACUCCCUGCCUAUAGACAUUAGGCAGACACUGCCAUUGUACUCUUUUCAGCACCUGCUAAAAACGUUCUUAUUUAGGCAAGUCUACCCAGGCAUGUAGAAGCUAUUGUGUUUUUUAUCUGUUUUUAACUCAUUGAUGGUUUUAUUAUUUUGAAUUUUAAAUACUUGUCUUUAACUGUUUCUGCCAAUAAUUUAAUUGUUUUAAUUCCUUCUGUAAACUGCUUUGAGAUUUUUUACAAUAAAGUGAUAUAUAAAUGUAAAUAAAAUACAGAAAUAAAGUUUGGAGUCCCUGUGGCCCUUGGGUCUCUUUCCACUUUUAGGAACAAAGGAAUCUGCCUUAUACCGGCUCAGGCCAUUUGGUACCAUGUAGCUCAGUACUGAUGACAUGGAUUAGCAUUGGCUCUGUUUAAAAAUUAUCUCUUUUAAUUGCUCUUUUCAAUUAACUAAUGAAUGCGCAACAUACCUAGGGUAGAUCCACACCAUGCACUUAAAGGACAUUCAACAUACAUUUGAAGCACAUGAAUCCCACCACAGAAUCAUGGGAACUGUAGUUUGUUAAGGGUAGUGGGAACUACCUCUGGGUUGGAAUAGUUUUUUCAUACGUUUUUAAACCUUUUUUUUAAAAAAAAUGUUUUUAAACCUUUUUAAACAGAUGUUUUUAAAGCAUUUUUAAAA